ACGCUUUCACCCACCCACCCACCACCACCACCACCCGGGGCUCCGCUCGCCUCGUCUCGUCCCCGUCUCGUCUCGUCUCGUCUCCUCUCCGCAUCGGCAUCGCCAACCCAACCGCCUCCUCCUCCGCCUCCCCGCCAUCAUUCCUCCUUCACCCUAGCCGAGCGCCAAACCCUAGAUCUCGUCCCCGCCACCGCCAUGUCCAAGGCCUGGGGCGGCCUCGGCGGCGCCGGCGCGUGGGCGCUGGACGCCGAGCGCGCCGAGGAGGAGGAGCGGGAGAGCGCCGCCGCACCCGCCCCGGCCGCGGGGUUCCCCAGCCUCCGCGAGGCCGCCGCGGGUGCGGCCGCCGGCAAGUCCAAGAAGAAGAAGGGGACCACCCUCUCGCUCUCCGAGUUCACCACCUACGGCGCCGCCGCCGGGAGGCGGCCCGCCGCCGCGGCCGCGGAGCCCAAGGGGCUCACGCCGCAGGAGAUGAUGAUGCUGCCCACCGGGCCGCGGGAGCGGUCCACGGAGGAGCUCGAUCGGUCCCGCCUCGGCGGCGGGUUCCGCUCCUACGGCUCCGGGGAGCGCCGCGGCGGGUUCGACGACGACGGCCGCCGCGGCGGCCCCGGGAGGGACGCGGAUCUCGACAUGCCGUCGCGCGCCGACGAGUCGGGCAACUGGUCGCUCAACAAGAAGUCGUUCACGCCGUCGCCCGCCGACUCGGGCGCCCGGAGCAGGUACGGAUCCCUCGGGGGCGGCGGCGGCGGCGCCCCCGCCGCUUCCUCCUUCGGCCGCGCCGACGACGACAGCGACUGGUCGCGCGGGAAGAAGCCGAUGCCAAUGCCGUCCCGCUACCCGAGCCUCGGCUCCGGUGGCGGUGGCGGUGGCUUCCGCGACUCGCCUACCUCGACCGACUCCGACCGAUGGUCCCGUGCCGCUCCUCUGCCUCCGCACAAUGGCGAGCGUGAGCGGCCACGCCUAGUGCUUGAUCCGCCCAAGCGGGAUGCCUCGGCUACCCCUACGCCGCCUCCUGCCGAGGCGGCACGCAGCCGGCCAAGCCCAUUUGGCGCCGCGAGGCCCCGCGAGGACAUUCUUGCUGAAAAAGGGCUGGACUGGAGGAAGAUGGAGACAGAGAUUGAUCAUAAGACUAGCCGCCCAACCAGCUCACAGUCUAGUAGGCCAGGAAGUGCGCAUUCGUCUCUUCCUGGGAGCCCUGGAUCACAGACAUCAGCUGUGGGUAGUGAAGGUGUGCCGAGGGCUCGGCCGAAGGUUAAUCCUUUUGGGGAUGCGAAGCCAAGAGAGGUAGUUCUUCAGGAGAAAGGCAAGGAUUGGAGAAAGAUUGAUCUUGAGUUGGAGCAUCGUCGAAUUGAUAGACCGGAGACAAACGAAGAGAAGGAUUUGAAAGAACAGAUUAACCUGCUUAGGGUGGAUUUGAAAGAAACUGAAGCAAACAUAAGUGACGAGGAUAAAAAAGGUUUAUCAGAAAAGUUAUCCCAGAUGGAAAGGGAACUGGAGCGUCUUACAGUUGAGUUGGACAACAAGGUUCGAUUUGGGCAAAGACCUGGUUCUGGAUCUGGCAAGGUUACUGCACAUUUAAGUAAUUCACCAGACGAAUCACAGAUUACAGAGUCAAUGGAACAACCACGUUCCCGUAGCAGCAUAGACCAAAAUCCUAAACCAGCAGAAGAAAGGUGGGGGUUUCAGGGCAACAGGGACAGAGGCUCAUUUGGUGGUAACAGAAAUACAGACAGGUCGUUAACAGGGCAGAGAUGGUGAACUCUUCUGCCAUCCAUGGUUUUGGCCUUUUGAGCACUUCUAUCCUCGGACAGAUCUUUUUUUUUCUUCUUUUCCUAUUUUAAACAAUGAACAAAUAAGUUGUCGCGUUCUUGUUGCUGCUUGACUCCCAUUUUGUUUGCCUUGGAAGAGUGGAGGGGAUAAUGGAAUACCUCGCAGGCUCGCUCAAGGGCCCAAGCUAUUGUCACCUCCAUGGUGAUGCUUCUGUUUCCUUUUAUUUUUCCUCUUAAUUCCCCUUUGCCCCUCUCUUCCAUGUCAAAACAGUUUGUUACCAAACUUUAAUACACUAACUAUUGUUCUUGCUAUUUGCACAAUUAUGUUUCAACCUCCACAUUUAGGCAUUGCUGCUA